GACACCAGAGGAGAAACAUUUCAGUAGAACUACUCACACAAGUUAUUGUGAAGUUCCACUUAAAACAAGAUAAAGUAUAGAAAGGCGAGAGAGACAGAGAGAGAGAGAGAGAGAGAGAGAGAGAGAGAGAUGCAUUACAUAAUAAAUUGCUAAUGUUCGACUGGGACCGGCACCGACUGACACUACAGACGCACGAUCUAAACAUUUUUUAAUUUUGGAAACUUUGUCGAAUUUAGAGACGUAUAUAAAUGUACACAUUUUCAAAUCGCCUUAUUUUUUUAUUAAUGUGAUAAACAUGUGGAACUCGCCGGAGUUCUUGUCACUCUUCUGAUUUGGAUUAUGUUGACAAAGUUGAAACUAACGCGGUUCUAUGCGCUCUGAACACUUUCUCAGAAUUUCACCCUAAAUUCUUUCACAUGUUUCCUAAAAUUAGGAAAUCGGUGUGAACUUUAAUUACACAAAGUGAGAGCGGCAUUCGAGAACAACGUAAAGCUAUGACCUCGUCCACGCCGCCGUCCUCCCGUAGCUCCUCCCCACAGAAGGUCUGCCACUCCCAGACGCAGACAGAUGUUUUAAAGCCCCUUUUGGGGGGAGGAGGUGGAUCUUCUACAGGAAACGGACCAGCAGCGUUAAGGCGUCGUCGGCGGGUGUUGUCUAAAGAUGGGCGGAGCAACGUACGCAUCGAACACAUCAGCGGCCGAGGGACGCUUUACCUCCGCGACCUUUGGACGACCUUUCUGGACAUGCAAUGGCGAUACAAGCUCUUCUUGUUUUCAGCCACGUUUGCUGGCACUUGGUUCAUCUUUGGAGUGUUUUGGUACUUGGUGGCACUCGUGCAUGGAGAUUUGUUAGAGUUUGAUCCCCCAUCCAACCAUACGCCAUGUGUGAUGCAGGUCCAAACUCUGACAGGAGCAUUCCUUUUCUCACUGGAAUCACAAACUACGAUUGGCUAUGGCUUUCGCUGUAUCACUGAAGAAUGUCCAUUCGCCAUCAUAUUGCUUAUUGUCCAACUCGUCAUCACUAUGGUGAUGGAAAUCUUCAUCACUGGAACUUUUCUUGCCAAGGUAGCUCGGCCGAAGAAACGUGGUGAAACUGUGAAGUUCAGUCAGCAUGCUGUGGUUGCCAAUCAUGAGGGGCGACCUUGUCUAAUGAUCCGUGUAGCUAACAUGCGAAAGAGUCUGCUUCUGGGGUGCCAGGUAUCAGGUAAGCUGCUGCAGACGUCCCUGACUAAGGAGGGUGAGACUGUGCGUCUGGACCAGAGGAAUGUAUCAUUUCAAGUUGACACGUCAAGUGACAGCCCCUUCCUUAUCUUGCCCCUCACCUUCUACCAUUUGAUAGAUGACAACAGUCCAUUGCGGGCCUGGGCUGCUAAAGGUGGUGGGUGGACGGACCCAGAGCUGGCUGACUUUGAGCUGUUAGUAAUUUUGAGUGCUACAGUGGAGCCCACCUCGGCCACCUGCCAGGUUCGCACCUCUUACCUGCCCGACGAGAUCCUUUGGGGCUAUGAGUUUCCGCCUGUCGUCUCCCUCUCCUCCUCUGGAAAGUAUGUAGCUGAUUUUGCAUUCUUUGACAAGGUUGCCAAGACCAAGACACCGCCCCUCUUCAAACAACCCCCACCUCAUAACACGCAGUCGCCCCAUCACCAAGGCAGUGGAGGUGGAGACCAAGGGACAGAUACAGAGAAGAUGAGAUUGGAGGAGAGUUACCGGGAGGAACGGGGACGGGACAGGGGCCGGGUGCGAGAACAGCUUAGCGUCCGCAUUAGUAAUGUGUAGAAAGAAUAAAACACAGAGAUGAGUGAGAGGGACUUGGGUGUGCGUGAGGUGUAUGUAUGGUGAAGAAAGGGUCUGAUGGAGAUAAACUGCCUGUGUACUUGUUUGAUUCAGCGUUAGCCAACUUUCUUUUUUUUAAAUACCACUGAGUUUACCUGUUUUGCCAGGCAGCGUGCCAGCAGAGUUGGCUAGGGCUGAAAGACACUGAUAUCCAAGAAUGAUAAAAUGUGGGGGCCAGAAAAGAGAAAGAGGCAAUGUUCUGUAUAGCAAACAGCUAUCACUGGGUCUAAAACUGUAUCCUGUUUGAAGCACACCGCAGACAACACUGGCAAUAGUAAAAUUUUAGCAUACAAUGGGUAACAUGGAGAGAUGCUCGACCAUUUUUAACUGUUCAAGCCAUUAUUUUUCUUAAAUUUAAGAAGCUUUCAAAAAAUAGGCUGCAGAAAUUUCCUCUUGAUGUUGUGGUCAUGUGACCACAUUGUAGUAAACUACUGCUUGAAAAAUCAUGCAAACGGUUUGACAUAUUAUAUUGACAAUAGUAGGCAGAACACGAAAUCUAAUAAAUUGGGUAAAUUGGUUAGUAUUUCAUUCCAAACAUAUAACCAGAGGGAUUACUGUAUUGAUCUAAACUACUAAACUAUUAGACCACGUGUAAUCAAAUGAUGAUUCACUAUAUUUUGGCUGCUUUACACAUGACAUUACUGAUUUGACACACACAAUACAAACAACCAUUCAUAAGAUGGUCUAUUGGAAAUGUUUGUUUCACCGCCUUGUGGCCAAGAAAAGCAGUGCCACAGACACCAGAGAAGAACAUAACAUUCUGAUGGAGAAGAGCUGACUUUAUAAACACAUGGACAAUAGUGUAUUUUUACAGAAGGAUUCAGGAUUACAGGGGACCCAGGGGUCACAUGAACGACUGAAAAUCAUAAUGUUUAAACCACUGUACUGCAGUCAACAAUAGAGCAGAAGUACAAAAACUGAAGUAAAUAACUUGUUCAUGUCUUAUGAAGAGACUCCAUUGAAAUCCAUCUUCGUGGUUUUUAUCUAUAUUCUAACAGUGCCAGUAUAGAACUAUUUUGGGUGAAAGUCUAGUUCUUCCCAUAGUUUAUCUUUCGUCACUGGCAUAAACAUAAAUUUUUGUUAACAAUACUAAAAGCACUUUACCAACAACGAUGGUUUAUUUUUAUAUUUUGUUUGGGUCCAGAUUAACUGUGUAUGCUCUGUUUUUUAUAAAGACAUUUCAAAUGAAGAGUUAAAGAAUGUAUUUUGAAUUAUUGUUAUUAAUAUAUUCGAUGUGCCUGCCAUGUCACUUAUAAUAAUAUAAUAAUAAUAAUAAUCAUGUAUUACUGUUGUUCAAAUUGUACACUGGGUUUUUAAACAAAAAAAUUCUGGUUGUGCCACAUUUUUGUGGUAUGAACAGGAAUGACACCUCAGAUUGCUUAACUUCAUGAGCAGAAGUACAUUAUACUUAUGUUAUACUUUUUAUAGAAUCAAAUGUAUAAUAUUUGACAGAUGUAUGAUUAAAGUGUUGAAAUAGUCCUAUAGACAUCAAACGAAUGGAGCAAAUGGCAUAGCAAUGUCCUGACAACAACCCACAACACUAGCAUCCUAACUAUUAUUAUUAAUAUUAUUAUUAUUAUUAUUACAGAGGAGACACAUGAUUUUCUCAUGUGCAAUGAUUCAUGAAGCAUGUGGUUCUGAAACAUUUUCACGUGAAACCCAAGUGAAAAAAAAUUACAAUUCAUGUGGGUAUUUUUAAGGGAAAAUCCGAUGGUAAGUCUUUGAAAUCUUUCCUGCUCUGAAUGUGUCACAUGGUAAUAAAGAGCUCCUCCUAGCCGAUUUCAAAAAUGUACUUAUAAUAAUCUGAUUAUACACUAUUCAGUGGUGUUCCUUCAGUUGAUGAAUAAUUUUUCAUAAUUUUUGUACAAAAAAGCAACAUGAUUUCCACAUUUGCAGAAACAGCGAUCGUAUGAGUAACGUGGUGAUAUUAACAUAUAGUGAUGUGUUCUCCACAGGUGAAAUUGUGUUUUUUUAUGGACAGUUAUAGGCUGCUUUUGUCUGUUGUUCAAAAAUUGACUUUGUUACAUUUUGUUUGUCUGAAACUGUGGCUGUAAGGAAACAUCUGUGUUUAGUCAGGGUUCACUUUCGACAACUGGACUUUUGUCACUUUAACUGCUAAUGAUCUACAAUGACUGUUUUUAAUAAAUUAGUUUUGAAGAAGUUA